AUGACACUGACCAUCGAAGACGUUGUCACUCAUUAUGUGCUUUCUAGCCAUCCGCGUAAUCGAGCCAUCAUCGAUGUCAAGGACAAGAAAUCAGGAGAGCUUCGUUUUAUCAAAAUCAGGCACAGAUUAUCCAAAUUUUAUGCUGUCAGUUUGGUAGACCCAGUAACAUUUGAAGUGUGGGCUGAAAUCCAAGUCAAGAGCGCUGCAGCUCGCAUCAAACCCAUCAUCUUGCAUCUUGAUAACAAGCAGGAUACAACUGUGGAAUUGAAAGAUACGUCUCGUAUUGGGUUUGAAUGGACAUUUGCAUGGGAGGGAGAGAAAUACCGAUGGGUACGUGAGAGUAGAAUGAGCAAUUCAUUAGAAUGUAGAGCUAUUCGAAAGACAGGUGAUAUUUGUGUCGCACAAUACUUACCUCGUAUGCUCAAGGACGAAUACUUUGGCAUCUUUUCCUUGUUGGGAUACAACAUGCUUCGCUGCAACCUCACGAAAUCCCGUGAACUAGAGUUGAUCCUACUGAUGUCCUUGAUGACUGUGCUUGAUAAAUCAAAUGAUGCUAGCUGGAAGAGAGAUCCUAUUAGUAAAGGCGUCCAGGAUGACAUUCGGAACGGAGGAGGCAGCAGUAGCCACACUAGCAGUAGUAACAGUAGCUUUGUAUCACCUCCUUCGGCUUCUUCGACAGCCAAUAGCCACGGAAUGGAUCACUAUGAAGAUCCGAUCCCUAAAAAAUCUCAGCAAAAGAAACACAAGGUGGAACUAUUGAACGAUCAAAAAUUGCAACUCAUGUUGGAGAAGGAUGUGCGACGAUCCCAAAAACAGAUACAGUUGGACCAAAAGAACCACAAGCCAUCACUGAGCGCUGGAAACAGUCCAAAUCAGACACCAAAGACAUCGCCUUUGCCGACACCAUCGACAUCCACCAACAUCAUGAGCAACAUUUUGUCUCCUCGUCUGUCUCGACAAAAGUCGGCUGCUCUGUUGACCGGCAACACCAAUGCAUCCCAACUAAGUGAUGCUUCCUCCUUAUCUCCCACAUCGCCGACGACGUCCAUUUCAAACCACAGUGGCACAAACAAUGGUGCUGGCAGAUUGUCUCGACUUUUCAACACAUUAUCACAAAUGAAACAAACAAGCGAUAUGGUUAUAAUUGCUCCUGAUACAAAUGCGCCUGCUGAUGAUUUUAAUGCAUUCUAUCCUCCUGCUCCACCACCUCUUUCUGAAGCUACUACCAACGAAUCUCACACUAAACAGCAACAAAAGCAACAGAUUGCUAGAGAUCAGAAAUUGAAAUUGCAACGACAAAAACAACGUCAACAACAACAACAACAAUUGCUAUUAUUACAACAACAACAACAACAACAACAACAACAACAAGCUCAAAUAGACCAGGAUUAUUAUGAGCAGCAUCAUCACUUGAGCUUGCCUACUGGACAAUUAUCUCGAUUUACCAGCGAUUUUGGCAAUCUAGCUAUCAGCAAAACGAGCUAUGACAAUCCACCCAGUCUAAGAAACAUCCGAUGGAAUCCAGAACCUUUGACAUCUAUCGAGACAACAGGCAGCAGUGCUACAAACACAUACAUGUCAUCCAGAGUACCGCAGCAACAACCACACUACCCACCUCCUCAUCGUAGCAAUAGCAACGGUAGAAGGCCACGUAUGGCAGAUCAGCACAGGAGAUUAUCUGCUACAGAGUAUUCCUUGUACUACAAUCACAAUCCACCUCCACCUCAACCUCAACCUCAACCACCCCAUUAUACCAAUACCAACUACAACAAUCGUUAUUCUACAUCAGAAUACUAUACACAUCAAUACCAUCAGCAACAACAAGCUGUCUAUGAUUAUUACCAGUAA